AUGGAGCCUCUUAACGUUGAAUGCGAUCUUCAGUCACUAAGAAAAUUAUAUGGUUUUCUUCUUCUCCAAUCAAAUGCAAACAAAGAUUAUAUACCACAAGCAUUUUUGUUAGAUGAAAACUCACAGUUUCUACUAAAACGGUUACUAGAUUCCGCGACCAAGGAACUUUUGUCUAGACAACACAAGGUUCUUGCACAAGCACAGUUAGGUUUGCAAGAAAAGGUUUCUACACCGAGUAACACAGUCUCAAGGGGUGUCUUCAAGUUGCCAAGUAAGGCUGGUUUAACACAUGAAGUCGUUGACUCAAUCGAACGAAUCGAAACGCAGCUUUCUGCGUUUCAGUUUUGUUCUAGUCGCGGUGAUAGAACACGGUCACACAAGUCUCCUAGUGUAGUAACUCUAAUGGAAGAAAAAGAAGAAAGUUACUCAUCUUCUUUAAUGCCUUUUCAAAGGUUAAGUGACAAAGCGUUGAUGGAACCAAGACAAAGCUAUUUAAGUAGCCAGACUACAAGAACCACGAACUUAGCACCUAGCCUGAGAAGCCGAAGCUGUUAUGAUCCAACUUUGGCUCUUGAUGAUCAGAUUGUUCUUGCCACGUCAAGACCUUCUCGUCCUAUGAGAUCAGUUGGUUUCGAGAAGCCAAGAGAGAGCAACAGAACGUCACAAAAGAUGGUUAGUAUGAAACCAACUUUGUUGUUGGAUCAAGAAACCGAGACUGAAACAAGCUCAGAAGAACAAGAACAAGUUUCUUCAACAGAUCAAGAAUCAGAAGAAGUCUCAUCCUCUGGCUCAAGCUGGGAAACUCAUCAGGCUGAGAGUGUUACUGAGUCAGACUCAUCCUAUCAAUCAGAGAGUGAAGAUUAUGAUGAGAACUCACAAGUUAGUGACUCUCCUCCACGUAACAGAUCAAGGGAUCCUGUAAAACAGAGGAGAAAGGGGACAGGGCGGCUUAAAAGAUUCAAGGAGAAGCUAGGUAAAGUGUUUCACCAUCACCACUAUCAUCACCACCACCACCAAAAGGAGGAGGAGCAAGGCCGCAAGCCAUCAGCUUGGAAGCAUUUAGUGAAGAAACAUCUAAAGAAAGACAAAGAGAAAGUGGCUGAGAAGAGGAUGAAAGGUGUGACUACACAUAACAACAAAGGUGGACAGUUUCAUACCCUAGUGAAAGGGUUCAUGAGACAUCAUAAAAGAAACUCAAAGAACAAAAAGGAGAAGAAGUUUCAAACCCCUAAGCGUCAAGGUGGUGUCAAGCUUCCCAAAGGAGGGCGUGUUAAGUUAGAAAAAACAAAUUAUUUAUGUAAUAAAGAUCAACAACAUGAUGAAAACUAG